AUGGGCAAUUCCAUCUCUUACAGCACUUCAGAGUGCGAAGUCACACUCCCUGAUGACGGGAGCACCUUCAAAGGUCUCAAGUUCGAUUCCAAGUCCCGCCGCUUCACAGGCAUUCCUUACGCUCUUCCUCCAACAGGGCCUCUUCGCUGGCGUAAACCUCAACCUAUUCCCAAAAACAGCUCUUUUGUUGAUUGCACUCAUUUUGGACCUGUUUGUCCCCAGGCGAAUUACUCCAAAAAUGUCAGCGAGCAUAUCCCAAAGCAUACAUACAGCGAAGACUGCCUACGCCUGAACAUAUGGACCCCAGUCCCAGACUCUGAGAACCCAACUAAAAAAUGGCCGGUUAUGGUUUGGUUUCAUGGGGGUUGGUUCCAGGUCGGUGAUCCAAGUCAGGAAGAAAGCAUGGAUCCUACCGAACUCAUCUCUACAGGACAGUUAAAUGCUGUCUUUGUAGCAGUGGGCUAUAGACUCAACGUCUUUGGGUUCCUAGCUGGCAAAGCUCUGCUCGAGGAAUCCAAUGGCGAAGCUGUGGGAAAUUAUGGCCUUUGGGAUCAACGUCUCGCUAUGGAUUGGGUGUAUGAGAACAUUGAAGCUUUUGGAGGCGAUCCCGAGAAUAUCAUUCUUGCGGGACGAAGUGCUGGGGCAUAUUCCGUGCUUGCCCAGACGCUGUAUGACUUCCGUGGAAAGGAAUCUUAUGGCAGAUUUACAAGGAUGAUCAUGUACUCGAAUGCCAUCCCAACGCAACCGAAGAGCGUACAAGACUGCGAAGAGCAGUUUGACGAGUUAUGCGAGUACUUCUCGAUACCAACGGAUCUACCAGGAGCAGAGAAGAUGAGUCGUUUGCGAGACAUCACCUCAGAUGAAUUAUCGUCUGCUAUCAUGGAGUUGAAGAACCAUACAUUCCGACCCGUGACAGACGAUCUCUUCAUUCACCCUGGAAUCUUCGACUACUACCGCAACGGGUCCUUCGCGCAAGAGUUCAAGAAGCGCGGUCUUAAGCUUCUAAUCGGAGAAGUUAAGGAUGAAGAUACUCUCUACGCAGUUACGAACCCGCCAGACCCCAACGUUGCAUCGCUGAGGAUGCAAAUAGCGAAUUAUUAUCCUGCGCACGUCACUGAUCGGUUGCUCAAGCAUUAUUCUCUGCCUCAGAAUAAGGAUAAGCAGGCUUGGCAGAAUAUCUUUGGACGUAUUGUGGCUGAUGGCCAGGUCAGAGCGCCGUCGCGAUAUCUGGUAGAUAACCUGGUAAACCAUGGCGUCGAUAUCAAGAAUGUCUGGAGAUAUCUCAUCGCGUAUCGACUGUCGUUUAUCACUACCGAUAUCGCGCCAGCUUCUUUUGGUGUAAGCCAUGCCAUGGACCGACCUAUCUGGAACUACUCAAUAACUCACGGCCCAACACCAGCGGAACGUCAGUUGAUGGACGACUGGAUCACCGAUUUGAGGGUAUUUGUCAAUGACGAGGACCACGAGUAUGGUACGGCAGAAGCUACAGAGUACAAGGUCAUGCAGCCACAAGGAACGAUUGGUGUUGAGACGGAUGGUCGAUGGGAUGAGCUAUUGCAGGUCAUGGAUAUCUUUUGCGCGUGA